UUUCGCCGGGCAUCCCGGCUGAGCGGUUUUGCUGGGAGAUUGUUUUGGGGCCUGUCAUUCCGCCUUCUUUGCGGAUGUGGCGUGUAUUGGUCGAUGCGGUCGUAAGAGCCUUCGGACCGUACCGUACCGUAGAGGGAGCCUAUUUCCCCGCCGGGCCGGAGCCAUAGGUGGCAGGGGGCGACCGGCAACUCCUGGAAAGACCCCUGAGGGCCUCAACGGGGAUCCGGGCCUCUGGGAAGCCUCAGCUCGAGUUUUCUCCUGACGGUGCCUGAGACGGGCGAUGAGUUGAGGCAUGGCCCAGCGGGCGAUUUGGCUGGUGAGCCACGAACCAGGGACCCCGCGUGGGGGGACCGUGAGAUUCUCCAGAAGGUAUCCCACUGUUGAAAAACGAGCUAAAACCUUUAACGGAUCAAGUUAUGUGCCCGUACCAGAAGACGACCCCUUCUGUAAAGCUCUGCUCUUUGAAUUGAGGCUAUUGGACGACGAUAAGGACUUUGUGGAAAGCCGUGAUAGCUGUUCGCGAAUCAGCAAAGCUUCAGUCUAUGGACUUCCAACAGCAGGAAAAGAGCUGUGGCCCGUUGUGGCCAUUCAGAAGAAUGGCUUGGUUUAUGUUAGUGUUCCACUAGUUGAGCAGACUUUGUCUACUCGCCCACCACUCAUUAGCAUUAGUGGAAUCUCACAGGCCUUUGAUCUCCUUUUUGGGUUGAUUGAUUUUUUCGACUCCGGGCCCAAGACUGAAGCUGAUCUAAGCACUAAAGUGAGCCAGCUACCUGAUUUGCUCCUGUACAUUUGUCCAUUUGGCACUUUGUUGGGUACCAACUUUUUAUUAGAUAAUUUUAGUAACCUUUCAAUAAAUCGAGCCCCAAAGCAACCAGCAUGGAAAGCCGGUACUUACAAAGGAAAGGCACACGUUGCUGUUUCUAUUACUGAAAAAGUUAAGUCCAUGCAGUAUGAUAAGCGGGAUGUAGCAGAUAUGUGGCAGGUCUAUGGAACUAUAACCUGUAAGUGUGAUUUGGAAGGAGUCAUGCCAAAUGUUACAGUCAGUUUGAAUCUCCCCACCAAUGGAUCUCCACUUCAAGAUAUUCUGGUGCAUCCUUGUGUGACUUCCCUUGACUCUGCAGUUCUUACUUCCAGCAGCGUUGAUAUGAUGGAUGAUUCUGCAUUUAGUGGGCCCUACAAAUUCCCGUUCACUCCUCCUUUAGAGUCAUUCCACUUGUGCUACUAUACAUCUCAGGUGCCUGUCCCACCAAUUUUGGGAUUUUACCAAUUGAAGGAAGAAGAUUCACAGUUAAAAAUAUCUGUCCAUUUAAAACUUCAUGAAAGUGUGAAAAAUUGCUUUGAAUACUGUGAAGCUCAUAUACCUUUUUAUAACAGAGGUCCAAUCACCCAUUUGGAAUACAAAGUUAGCUUUGGCCAGGUAGAAGUAUUACGAGAGAAAAGCUUAUUAAUCUGGAUUAUAGGGCAAAAGUUCCCCAAGUCACUGGAAAUUAAUCUUUCUGGAGCUGUGAAUUUUAAUACUAUGAGUCAUCAAAAACAACCAGUUGACACUAUUUGCAUUGGGGGUACAACAUAUGUAAAACUUUAUUUUAGGAUCCCAGAUUACACACUCACUGGGUGUUAUGCAGAUCAGCAUUCAGUUCAAGUGUUUGCGUCAGGAAAACCUAAAAUAACUACGUGCCGGGAAUUGAUUUCAUCUGAUUACUAUAUCUGGAAUUCUAAAGCCCCUGCACCAGUAGCAUAUAGAUCAUUAUUUCUGUAAUUUUCUAAUAUUUAAAAAGGGGAAAAUUUAACUCACAUUAACAUAGUUAAAAUAAAAUUACUGUGUUUUAUUUUUUAAUAUGUACAUUUCUCUCCAAUGGGAAUGAAUCAUGGAUCAAUUUCUCUUUUAAAAUGGCAAUGUGUUUGCUCUCAUGUGUUUUAAAAGAAAACAUUUUAAAAACUGAUUUUUUAUUCUGUGGCCUUUUCAUGAUUUCCUUGAACAAGAUAGAUCACAUAAUGGAAAAGAAUAUAGUUUAAUGGGAAAGAGCCUGGGAUUUGCAGCCAGAGGACCACAGUAUAAAUCUCAGCCCUGCUACAAAUAGAACCUUGGGCAAGUCACUUAAGCACUCUCUAGACCUCAGUUUUCACCUUUGUAAAAUGAGGAAGCCAUACUCUAGAACCUGUAAUAGUGACUUUUAGGCUGUGUAUUUCAGUACCUUACACAGGGCGAGCCCCUCAGUAAAUGUUAGCUGAUGUUGGUAGUAGUGGCUGCAUUAGAAACAAUGGCUGUCUUGGACAUGUAGUCUUAUAAAAGGAGGAAGUUAUUUUAAUGUGAAAUGUUGAUAGAAACUGCAUAAUUCAGUUGAAGAUGUAAGCGUGCUUAUUCAUCUUCCCUAGUAAAGUUUUUUUUCUUUGGAAUGACAUUGAGUAUAUUAAAAGGCAAUAAAAAGCCCUCUAAUUAAAAGGGCUUGAUAACCUGCUGUUUUUCUGUCUUAAUUUUUGUAAGAUGCAUAUAUUGCUUUUAUUCAUUUUUUUACUACAUUCAAGAAUUCAGUUAUGAAUGAAUUGAUGUAAAAAAGUUAAAAACCAUCCUUUGUGUAGAAAGUAUCAUUUAACAUUUCAAUUACAGCAUAUUGUUUUUAAUCUUUUUCUCUGAUUUCCAUUGAUAUCUUUUCUUUUUUUUCCAAAAAUCCAUCCAUUUUUGUUGUUCUUUCCACCAUUGUUCUUUCUCUGUUCUUUGUCAUCUUCCAUGUUCUUGGUAACUAGUAGUUAUGGUGGCUUUAGGUGAGCAUUUAGUUUAAAUCUCUUCAGUCUAAGUAUUUUUCCAUAGGCAUAUCUUUUUUAAAACUAAACGUCAGCAGCAACAUGACACUGCUUUGGAAAAUGACCAAGUACUAAUGCCGGAUAUAUUUAUGAUACUUUGCUUUUUAAAGAUUCUAAGAAGAAAAAUACUGCAGAAAUCUUGUAGCUCUUUUGAAGGAGAGCAAUGGAACGGCUUGAGGGCAGCCUGAAACCUCCAGCUUUGAAAUGACCAUUUCUUCAUUAUUAUCACUUAGACUACCCCAUUAUUAAUGACAGCUGGCCUUUUUAGAACAGAAAAGGCAACAAUUUUCCAUUCAGCAAGUUUGAACUCUUUUCUACUGCAGGAAUAUCAUUGUUUAGAUCAUCUGCAAACUAACCACCAACUAAGUGUCAGCAUUAAAAACUAAAUUGUCUGGAAGUACUGGUAGCUUACCCAGCUACCUACUUUUACAUAGUUUGAGUUAAGUAGGAGAUUCAUACUGAUUAGUGGGAAAUUUUUAUGUAAUUGACCUCUUUUUAGAAACUUUAAAUAGAAACCACAGUUCUCUGGUUUGAAACCAGUUCUAGAAACCUGAAGGAAAAUAUAAAGAAGAAUAUGAAAGAUAUAUGGGGAAUGAAAUGUGAUACCAUCAGUUGCCUUUCAGAACAUUACGUACUAAGACCAAUUCCUAUUUUCAUCCCAUUGAGAUCAGCUGAGUACACUGUGAUACGUUUGAUUUUGUCUAGAAACUUGUCACUUCAGGAUAAUUUCUGAAGACAAAGUCUAUUUCCCAUUUUGUAGGUAACCUGUUUAAUGUUUUCCCUGUGUCUGGGAACUCCUUAGUGUAAUUAGCGACCUUUGAACUCCACAACUAAUCCUGAGCUAUUUUGUAUUCCUUACUCAUCUUUAAGGCUGGACCUUUCUUUUCUUUAGAGUCCCUUCCACAAUUAAAGAAGAAACAGCUGCAUUUCAAAGGGAUUCCGAUUCUAGAAGCUUAAUCGUGAUUGACAUGUUCUUAUUCUAAGCUAUAAGACGCUCUAAGAGUCCUUUCUUGGGUUAAAACUUCAAUCAUUUUCUAAAAAAUUAUCUCAAUAUGGAUUUUAUUCAUUUUCUUUGAUAACCAUUCUUUGCAUUUUUUUUAAACUUGAAAGAUGCUUUGGAUUUCCAAUGAAUACAGGAAUUGCUUUCAGUGAAAGACUGAAUCAUAUUGGACCUAGUCUAGAUGCAAGAAUAAAUUACUUUUAGUGUCAAAAUAUGAUUAUGAAAUCUGAUGUCUGCUAUGUAGUUAGCUUCUUCAGGGUGCCUAAUAGAUACAGAAGGUGUAAAACUUCUAGAAAAUGACCAUUAGAAAAAAUAUUUAUGGCACUGAUAUUUUAACUUGUCUUUUUAAUCUCUGUGUAUUUUGUUGUUGUUGUUCUGAGGCAAAUAUAUAUGCUCCAACCUUGGGCUGAUGAUUGCAUCAACUAAUGCAUCUUUUGGUCUCUCAAUAUCUGGUCUGAAUAUCUUCACCUGUUGUAAACAACGUUGUCAGAGAACCUUAUGAGAAUUAUUUCUGGAUAAUGCCUGUUGCAUUAUUGUAAUUCCCUUCUUAUAGAUGCCAGACUGCCUUAAAAUUUCAAACCCAUAAUAAUGUUUGUGGUUUCCUAUGUUAUCAAAUAAUACUAAAUUUGAAAGCAAAGUUUA